AUGCGCAAUAAAUGAAGAAUCAAAAAUUUUCGCAACCUUACUUUUACUAAAUGCGGAAAGUUCAUUCUAGGUGUCUCUGACAGCAUAUGGAUAAAGCAGGUGUCUAUUAUAAGCGAAACUGUGGAAUUGUUUUGUGACCCUAAAUGGCAUGAAAUAUGAGUAUACUUCUUUUUGUCACCAAGUCAUAAAUAUUUCUGCCUUAUUGGUAAAAACUUUUCUAUUCUGAAUUCAGACACAAAAGAGCUGAAAUUUGUAUCAAAAUGAAAUCCAUUCAAAAAUCUGCAAGCAAUUUCAUGAUCCCCUUAUGAAGAUAAAGUCGCUUUUGCAAAUUGAGAUGGAAUAUGACUGCUUGAUGUUGAAAAGCAAAUGAUAUCUGCUCAAAUUAGAGCUUCAUUUUGAAAAACGUGGGCACCGUGCUGACCAAUUUGCUUUACAAAAUGCGGCAGAUAUAUAAUUGUUGGAUGAAAUGAUGGGUGAAUUAGGCUAUGAGUAUUAGAAAGCCAAAAAAAUCAAAGAAAAAUCGAGUUGACGGAAAAUUAUACAACUUCUGCAGCAUUUUCUUCAUGUGAGAGUUAUUUAUAUAGAGUUAACAAUUGUGGCAGUGUUGAUAGGUACGAUAUAAUCAAAAAGCACUCAGAAAAUUGAAUUAAAGGUUCGGGAAAUUAUUAUGAUAGUGUUGCAACGUUUUCAAGAUGUCGAAAAUAUGUUGCUGUACAACAAAAUUCUUGAUCACUUGCUGUUUGAAAUCUUGACACAAAAGAAAUAUUUUGUGACUUUGAAACAAACCUUAUUUCUAGAUACGACUUAUUAAGUUUUUCGGGUUCUGGAAAGUUGCUUUUUUCUAAUAAUUGAAAGUCAAUGGCUAUUUGAAACCUUGAGCAAAACAGUCUUGUAUCAAUAUUAGAGUGUAAUACAAAUAUGUUAGCCAUUUCACUAAAUGAUAAAUAUUUCGCAUUAUCACAAACAUAUAAUAGAAGUAUUGAAAUAUGAGAGUUUGAGCAAGAUUAUAAGAAAAUUCAAAACUGAAAUUCUGAUAGGCCAAUUAAGUCACUGCUAUUUUCUGCUUGCUGUGAAUUUUUAUAUUCUGGAGAUUAUGUAGGGAAUGUUGAGAUAUGGGAUUUUAGAAAGGCUGAAAAAAUAAGAGCAUUCGGAAGAUGUAACCAAUCUGUCAUAUUCAUGGCUAUUUGUCCAAGAGGUUUGAUCUCUAGGACAUCAAGAAAAGUAUUUUUAUGGAACCCUCCCUGAUAA